AAUUCCAUCAUUUUUUUUUCCAGGUUCACGGCUCUUCUGAGGCUUUUUGGAUCCUGGUGGAGGAUGUGGACAGCGAGGUGAUCCUGCACCAUGAAUAUUUCCUGCUCAAAGCUAAAUAUGCCCAGGAUGAGCAUCUGGUGACGUUCUUCGUUCCCGUCUUCGAGCCGCUGCCGCCGCAGUAUUUCAUCCGCGUGGUGUCCGACCGCUGGCUCUCCUGUGAGACCCAACUCCCGGUGUCAUUCCGACACCUGAUCCUUCCGGAAAAAUAUCCUCCUCCCACGGAGCUGCUGGAUCUGCAGCCGCUUCCGGUGUCGGCUCUUCGGAACAGCUCCUUCGAGAGUCUCUACCAGGACAAAUUCCCCUUCUUCAACCCCAUCCAGACUCAAGUGUUCAACACGGUGUACAACAGCGACGACAACGUUUUCGUGGGAGCGCCCACGGGCAGCGGGAAAACGAUCUGCGCAGAAUUCGCCAUCCUCCGCAUGCUCCUCCAGAACUCCGAGGGUCGCUGCGUCUACAUCACCCCCAUGGAAGCCCUGGCCGAGCAGGUUUUCAUGGAUUGGUACGAGAAAUUCCAGGAACGCCUCAACAAGAAGGUGGUGCUGCUCACCGGGGAGACCAGCACGGACCUGAAGCUGCUGGGGAAAGGGAACAUCAUCAUCAGCACCCCGGAAAAGUGGGAUAUCCUUUCCCGCCGCUGGAAACAACGGAAGAACGUCCAGAACGUCAACCUGUUCAUCGUGGAUGAAGUUCACCUGAUCGGGGGCGAGAACGGGGUGAGAACGCCGGGAAUGGGCUGGGAAACACCCGGGGGCGAGAACGGGGGUUUCAACAUCAGCCACACGCAGACGCGGCUGCUGUCCAUGGCCAAGCCCGUGUACCACGCCGUGAUGAAACACUCGCCCAAAAAACCCGUCCUGGUCUUCGUCCCCUCCCGGAAACAGACGCGGCUCACGGCCAUCAACAUCCUCACCACCUGCGCCUCCGACGUCCAGCGGCACAGGUUCCUGCACUGCGCCGAGAAGGACCUGGUGCCGUACCUGGAGAAGCUGAGCGACCCCACCCUGAAGGAGACGCUGGUGAACGGCGUCGGGUACCUGCACGAGGGGCUGACGGCCAUGGAGCGACGCGUGGUGGAGCAGCUCUUCAGCUCCGGAGCCGUGCAGGUGAUGGUGGCCUCGCGCAGCCUCUGCUGGGGCAUGAACAUCUCGGCCCACCUGGUGAUCAUCAUGGACACGCAGUACUACAACGGCAAGAUCCACGCGUGA